CUCUCUUGCCUGUGCCAGUCUGCCUGACUCAGAAGCGAGGACUCACUGGGAAGCAGCACUGGGGGCUCCGGGGACACCUCACCUGAUUAUCUGCCCUGUGUUUUCUGGAGGCUCGAUAUAAAGAUGUCCUGGAGACAGGUCAUCCUCCUGUCGUGUCUCUCAGCGACACUGCUCCUGUGUAUGCUACAAGAAGGGACCAGCGCUUCUGUGGGCAGCAGGCAGGCAGCCGGAGAAGAGACCCAGGACGGUACGAAACAGAACAUUUUCAUGCAAGAAUCUGAUGCCUCGAACUUCCUCAAGAGGCGUGGCAAGCGGUCUCCUAAAUCCAGAGAUGAAGCCAAUGCGGAAAACAGACAGAAGCUGCGAGACCAAGAGCUGCGGAGAGAAUAUUACGAGGAACAAAGGAAUGAGUUUGAGAACUUCGUGGAGGAACAAAGAGAUGAGCAGGAAGAGAGGACCAGGGAAGCAGUGGAGCAGUGGCGGCAGUGGCAUUAUGAUGGCCUGUACCCUUCCUACCUCUACAACCGCCAUCACAUCUGACCUCACCCUGAAGCAGCUGGGGAAGAGGAACAUGAAACAUGCCACCCACCUCUCUUCUACAGACCCUCGAGGUGAAGAUCCCACGCUGCCUUGCCCAACAGCUCCAGGACGCACACACCCUUUGUUCUGAUGACCCAGGAUGCUUGGCUUUUGCUUCUUUGUGGAUAUUUCUUUUCUUUUCUUUUGAGGUGAGCAACCACCUGUGGUCUUUCCCAGCAUUAAAUCUACAUGCUGUCCCCUUGCUUAUCCACUGGAAACAGAAUUAGAAGGCCCAUCUGAUAGGACAGUUAAAAGGAUCGCAGCAAGAAGAUUUUAAGUUUGCCUAUCGCCUAUUAAUAAAAGUGCUGAAUCAA